AUGCUUACGAGGAACUGCUCGCUGCUGCUCCUCUGCUUUCUGAUGGACAGGGGUCUGCUGUCCCCCCUGCACUCGCCGCCCCAGGGCAGGCUGGGAAAAGACCCGCCCCGCAGCAUGCUGGGAUUGAGGAGGAACGGAGCGCAGGGGUUCCAGAGGGUAAAGAGGGGAUGGGUGUGGAACCAGUUCUUUGUGCUGGAGGAGUACAUGGGGUCCGACCCCCAGUACGUGGGCAAGCUGCACACAGACCUGGAUAAGGGCGACAGCGCAGUGAAGUACACGCUCUCCGGCGACGGGGCCGGCUCCAUUUUCACCAUCGACCAGACGACGGGGGACAUCCACGCGCUGCGGAGCCUGGACCGGGAGGAGAAGCCCUACUACACGCUGCGCGCCCAGGCCGUGGACCUGGACACCGGCCGGCCCCUGGAGCCCGAGUCCGAGUUCGUCAUCAAGGUCCAGGACAUCAACGACAACGAGCCCAAGUUCCUGGAGGGACCCUACACGGCUAGCGUGCCGGAGAUGUCUCCCGUCGGUACCUAUGUGAUGCAGGUGACGGCAACGGACGCGGACGACCCCACCUACGGGAACAGCGCCAGGGUGGUGUACAGCAUCCUGCUCGGACAGCCCUACUUCUCCGUCGAUCCCAAGACAGGCGUAAUCCGGACAGCCCUCCCGAACAUGGACCGGGAGGUGAAGGAGCUGUACCAGGUCCUGAUCCAGGCCAAAGACAUGGGGGGUCAGCUGGGGGGCCUGGCCGGGACCACCACCAUCAACAUCACCCUCAGCGACGUCAACGACAACCCGCCCAGGUUCUCCAAAAGCAUAUUCCACCUGAGGGUUCUGGAAUCUUCUCCCGUGGGAUCGUCGGUGGGCCGGAUCAAGGCCCACGACCUGGACACCGGCAAGAACGCAGAGGUGGAGUACAACAUCGUCCCCGGCGACGGGGGCACCAUGUUCGACAUCACCACCAACGAGCGCAACCAAGAGGGCACUAUCGUCCUGAAGAAGCCGCUGGACUACGAGACGAAGAAGGCCUACACCUUCAAGGUGGAGGCGUCGAACGCGCACCUGGACCCCCGUUUCCACGGCUUCGGGCCCUACAAGGACAUGGCCACCGUCAAGAUCAACGUGCUGGACGUGGACGAGCCCCCUGUCUUCAGCCGGCCGGCCUACAACAUGGACGUCCUGGAGGACACGGUGGUGGGCACGGUCAUCGGGGCGGUGACCGCGCAGGACCUGGACGCCGGGAGCAGUCACGUGCGGUAUUCUAUCGACUGGAAGAGCGAUUUGGACAGCUACUUUGGCAUCGAUCCCGUGAUGGGGACCAUUUCCACUAACCUGCUCCUGGACCGCGAGAGCAUCGCCCAACACAACAUCUCCAUUGUGGCGACUAAAGUUAAUAAUCCCAUCCUGACCAGUAAAGUGGCGGUCACCGUCCAUGUUCUGGAUGUCAACGAGUUUCCUCCUGAGUUUGCAGUGCCAUACGAGACGUUUGUGUGUGAAAACGCUAAGGCGGGACAGGUCAUUCAGAUCGUCAGCGCCACCGAUCAGGACCUGCCCUCCGCCGGACAGAAGUUCUCCUUCAAAUCGGCGGCCGCGGACGUCAGGAACAGGAAUUUCACGGUCCGGGACUUUGGGAACAACACGGCGGGCGUGGUGGCCAAUCGCGGCGGGUUCCGGCGGCGGCUGCAGGAGAUGUACUUCCUGCCGGUGGCGAUCGAGGACGAGGGCCCGCCGGUGCGGAGCAGCACGGGAACGCUGACCAUCCGCGUGUGCGGCUGUGAGGCCGACGGCACGCUGCUCACCUGCAGCGCUGAGGCCAUCUUCCUCCCCGUGGGCCUCAGCACCGGGGCGCUGAUCGCCAUCCUGCUCUGCAUCAUCAUCCUGCUGGUGAUCGUGGUGCUGUACGUGGGCCUGCGGAGACAGAAGAAGAAGGAGACGCUGAUGACGUCGAAGGAGGACAUCCGGGACAACGUGAUCCACUACGACGACGAGGGGGGCGGGGAGGAGGACACCCACGCCUUCGACAUGGGCACUCUGCGGAACCCCAAGGCCCUGAAGGAGAACGGGUUCCGGCGGGACGUCAAGCCCGAGGCCCCGCCCGGCCCCCGCACCACCACCACGGCGACCGUCACCGCCGCGAGCGUCGCCGCGGCGACCGCGCCAGCCGCCGUCGGUUCCCGUGACAACAGCGACAUCCACGACUACAUCCGGCAGAGGCUGCGGGAGAACGACGGCGACAGCUCGGCCCCGCCCUACGACUCGCUCGCCACCUACGCCUACGAGGGGGAGGGGUCGGCCGCCGAGUCGCUCAGCUCCAUCGAGUCGCCCGUCGCCGACGGCGACGAGGACUACGAUUACCUCACCGAGUGGGGGCCCCGUUUCAAAACCUUGGCGGGAAUAUUUGGGGAACAGGACCCACAGUCGAACACGACAACGACGACUGACAACAAACUUUAAUAUCAGUUCCACACACCUGAUGUAGAGGACUAUCUUCUUUUGUGCUUAAGACACUUUUUUUCACCGUUUUACCAGUUCUGGGUUUUACUGUUACUUUUUUUGUUGUUUUUUUGUUUGUUUCUUUUUUCUGAGCUUUGUUUUCCUCACUGCCAGAUGGACUAUUGAUGAGAGAGAGAGGGAGAGAGAGA